GUGUGUGUGUGACCGGUGGAGAGACGAAGGAGCGGAGGGCCAGGCGACCCAACCUGGCCAUCAAAGGGACUGGCAGCGUCUCCUCUCCUGGGAUCAUGUACCCUCAGAGCAGGCAUCCGGUUCCCUUGCAGCCCGGGCAGUCCUUCAAGUUCACAGUCCUGGAAACUCUGGACCGAAUCAAGGAGGAGUUCCAGUUCCUCCAGGCACAGUAUCACAGCCUGAAGCUGGAGUGCGAGAAGCUGGCCAGCGAGAAGACGGAGAUGCAGAGGCACUACAUCAUGUACUACGAGAUGUCGUACGGCCUCAACAUUGAGAUGCACAAACAGGCGGAGAUCGUCAAGCGUCUCAGUGCCAUCUGCGCUCAGAUCAUCCCUUUCCUCUCUCAGGAGCACCAGCAGCAGGUGGUCCAGGCAGUGGAGAGGGCCAAGCAGGUCACCAUGGCUGAACUCAACGCCAUUAUCGGGCAGCAGCAGCUCCAGCACCUGUCUCACCACGCCCCCGGCAUCCCCCUGACGCCUCACCCGUCGGGCCUGUCCCUGGGGCCGGGGGGCUCGGGGCUCCUCGCGCUGACCGGAGCCCUGGGGGUCUCGGCCCACCUCGCCGCUAAAGACGAGCGCAACCAUCUUGAUCCCGAGCACCUCCGAGAGGGAGCACCCAGCCGGAGUAAGUCCGUGUCGUCGACGGACAGCCAGCCCACUGAGGAGCGCCAGGGCCCAUCGGGAGGCUACUCCUCCUCGCAGGGAGGGGCGGAGGCAAAGAGGAGGCGCUGCGACGACAAAGAGCCUCUGCCGCCGCACUCCUACGACAGUGAUGGGGACAAAAGUGAAGACAAUCUCGUAGUCGACGUCUCCAAUGAAGAGCCUAACUCUCCCGCGGGCAGCCCCCCUCACUCCCCCCACGGGAACGGGUUGGACCGCGCCCCCGCCCUGAGGAAAGAGCUCCCCGGCUCCUCCAGCACCGGAGAAGCCCCCUCCACCCCGAAUCCUCGCAGCCCCACCCCAGGGAAGGGCAAGGACCCCGCGCAGAUGGAUAAGUCCCAGUCUCCGUUGUCCAAGUCUGGAACCCCGUCCCCGUCCCACCGGGAGGCCCUUACUCCCGGAGCCCCCGGUCCCAGCACCUCCUGCCUCCGUCUGGUCAGCAAAGCAGCCUCCAGCGCAGACCCCCUCGCUCUCCGCAGUCCCAUGUCUGUGCCCCCCGGUUCAUACCCGGCUCAUUUUGGCGUGGUGUCCCACGCAGGGCUGAACGGGGAGCUGGCCAGCCCAGGAGGCUUCGCCGGGACUCUAACUCUCUCUCCGCAAAUCAGCGCAGCAGCCAAUGCCUACUCCCGAAGCCCCAUGGUGGCCUAUGACUCCCGGUCUCACCUGAGGGCGCCCGGGCUGUCCUCGUCUCUGCCUGGUUCCUCUGCCGGCAAGCCCGCCUACUCGUUCCACGUGAGCGCCGACGGCCAGAUGCAGCCGGUGCCCUUUCCCCCCGACGCCCUGCUGGGCCCGGGCAUCCCUCGCCACGCCCGCCAGAUCCACACCCUGAGCCACGGCGAGGUGGUCUGUGCCGUCACCAUCAGCACCUCCACGCGCCACGUCUACACCGGGGGCAAGGGCUGCGUCAAGGUGUGGGACAUCAGCCAGCCCGGAAGCAAGAGCCCCAUGGCCCAGCUGGACUGCCUGAACAGGGACAACUACAUUCGAUCCUGUAAGAUCCUCCCCGACGGACGGACCUUGAUCGUCGGCGGGGAGGCCAGCACGCUGUCCAUCUGGGAUUUGGCCACGCCCACUCCCCGCAUCAAGGCGGAGCUGACGUCGUCCGCUCCCGCCUGCUACGCUCUGGCCAUCUCCCCCGACAACAAGGUCUGCUUCUCCUGCUGCAGCGACGGCAACAUCGUGGUCUGGGACCUUCACAACCAGACGCUGGUCAGGCAGUUCCAGGGCCACACGGACGGAGCGAGCUGCAUCGACAUCUCCAACGACGGCACCAAGCUGUGGACGGGGGGGCUGGACAACACAGUGCGCUGCUGGGACCUCCGGGAGGGACGGCAGCUCCAGCAGCACGACUUCACCUCGCAGAUCUUCUCUCUGGGCUACUGUCCGACAGGCGAGUGGCUGGCGGUGGGAAUGGAGAGCAGCAACGUGGAAGUCCUGCACGUCUCCAAGCCCGACAAGUACCAGCUGCACCUCCACGAGAGCUGCGUUCUGUCCCUCAAGUUCGCCUACUGCGGCAAGUGGUUUGUGAGCACGGGAAAAGACAAUCUGUUGAAUGCGUGGAGGACACCGUAUGGAGCCAGUAUUUUCCAGUCCAAGGAGUCCUCGUCUGUGCUGAGCUGUGACGUCUCCCCGGACGACAAGUACAUAGUGACGGGCUCCGGGGACAAGAAGGCCACGGUGUACGAGGUGGUGUACUGAGGGCCGGGACAAGAUGGGAAGAGACAGGGCGGAGAUUUGUAUUUGGGGGGAGGCAGGGGGGGGGGGUUGCCACGCCGACCGCCGCUGAUCCUCAAAACAUCCGCAACAGCAGCAGCUCCGUCUGAGUCAUCCUGACCCUCACCCCUAAUACAUCACCACCUCUCCCCCUUUCUCUUGAUAUAAGCUAUUGUGGGAGCUCCCAAAUGCCUCCUCCUCCCGCCUCCCUCCCACUUUUAGCCCAAGGAUGAGGCAUGAUAGCAGAGAGAGAGAGGGAGGGAGGGAGGGAGGGAGGCAGCAAGAUAAGAAGGACAAAGGAAAAGAGCGUUCGGAGGGAAAGACGAGAAGGAGAGAAAGUGAGGGUGCGGAAGGAAGGGAAAUGAAAAGGAGGGAGGGAGGGAGGGUAAUUAGGGCUGUUUCCUGAUUAAGAGCUCAGUGGAAGGGAGGCCCCCAGAGGAGGUGCGGAGCGGCGCUGUGGGAGCGCCAGCCAGGAGCAUUGAUACCACACAAUCGAUUCAUUAGCCAGACAGUGGAGGCCUUAAUGAGGCUGACGCUGCAGCGCGCUCUCUCUCCCCAGCGAGAGGUGUCAGGAGCCGGGGAGCGCCGACGCUCCGAGGUGGAGGGUGGAGGAGGGGGUGGGGGGGUCGCUUCAGAUAUCCACAUACUCUGACGCGUAACACAAAGCUGUUCACGCGCAGAAGCGCGCGCGCACAGAGCGGCCAAUUAAACAUUCACGGCAGCGUCUCCCCGUCUCUCUGCCUCAUAUCUAUUUUAUUUUGGUCUGACAAAGGCGGCGUCUAAUGAGCGGAGCAGAGUCAAUGGGAUUCUCCCGGGGGGGGUGAAGUGGGGGGGGGGACACAAACACGGAGCAUCAGCCGAGCUGUUCCCUUCUAAUUCCUCUGGAUUGUUCUCCUUGACACCGGACGCUGCACUCGCUCUCAUUAAAAGGCCCCGUCCAGCUCGACCAAGUAGCAGCGCGCCAGCGUCACUGCUGGCCAGAUUAACACCACCCAUCACGCCGUCAGCCGCCAACUGAGCAGCAACAACAUCCAAAUCCUCCAUCCAAUUUGAUGCAACCGGUUGCCGUUUUCUUUUAGCAACCAGAUGUUAAUCAACCUCACUGUCUCUCUCUCUCUCUCUCUCUCUGCCUGCUGAUGUGUCCACGGUGCUCCGGCGUUUUCUUCCGUUAAGCUGUCGGUUGCAUUCAAUUGAGAUGCUUAACACGUAAGAGGAAGAGUUUAAAAUUUGGGGAAAUUACGCUUAUGGAUUCCAAUGGGAGUCGUAGGCUAAGUAACAGUGGCAUGCUAACUUAGCUUAGCGCAACGACUGAAAAUCUACCCAUCAGCACCCGAGCGGCUCAAUAAUCAACGAGCUUCGUUGUCGUUACUGCCCCCCCCCACACACACAAGAAAUAGUCCCACCAAAAGCCGCCCUGAUUAUCAUCAAAAUGUAUCAUACAAAUCAGUUAUGGAAUUGAUAAAACAUGAUAUAAUCUUGUAAGAGUUGCCGGCAGGUGUAUUUUGCGUCCCUUUGGACACAGCAAUGCUACCAGUUUCCCCUCGUUUCCAGUCUUUAUGCUAAGCUAAGCGGCUGCCGGCUGUAGCCUUAUAUCAAUCUUCUUGUAGCCUCAGCAAGAAAGGGAAUAAACAUAAUUCCCCAAAUGUUGAAAGUAUACCUUUUAAACUUGAUUCUUGCUCUCCAGUCCUCCUUGUAUCAUAUCACACACUGUAAAUCAGAGCUCUCGGCGUCUGCGUCGCCAAUGUGUAGACUAAACACGCACAUUUCCAGCUUUUCUUUCAUCAUUCAUUUCAGUAUUUUUUAUGAAUAGUGAUUGCUCGUCUUAUGUAACGAUAUCUCCGUGUAUUGGGGGUCGACCUACGAUUGCGUUUGGGGUUCAAAGUGAGAAGGACGGACACACAUGUUGACCUAUAAAAAUGGAACACAGGAUUUUUUUUGUUCUUUUUUUUUGUAUUUAUCCUUGGUGGCGGUUACAGACAAAUGGAAUAUAUCAGCAGUCUUGUUAUUUUCCCUUUAUUUCUUUUUUUUAAAUCCAAAGUGGUGGUAGAUGUAGUUGUAGUCCGUUUUCAGUCCUUAAUGUGCAACUAAACUGUGUCUCUGUUAAGCCUGUGGUCAGUGCGACGCCACAAUACAGACGCAAACCAUCGGAGAGCUCCCACUUUGUGCCGCAUGCUCGUCGCACUAAAGCUCCACUUCUGCUGAACGAACGAGAGACAAAUCUUCGGUACGGAGAACGGUCUCGGCCGCAGUUUUACAGAGGGAUACAUUUUACAUCACAGGAUGCAAUUUGAUUCAAUUAUUCAAAUCUUAAGCAGGAUUAUUCAAUGUUUCUGAAGCAGGAUAGAAGAACUUUGAGUGUGAGAUGAUCGGUACGGUUGAUGCCUUUGCCUCUUUAUCUCCCCUCAGCGACAGGCAGACCCAAAUUAUAUAAUCACACACAAGCUUGUAUACCUCUCUGGACGAUGCAGUUGUAUAGCGUGAAUAUCUGGGACGGUGUAUUUGAUACUCUUAUUUAACUGAGUAUUGUCUUUCCCCUGCCUGUGCUUUCUCUGGUCCAACAGUAUAAAAACCUAUAUUUUUCUGUUAUACAAGACCAUUUUUAAUUUCUCUUUUUAAAAGCCAAGGAACAUUUUUUUUUCACUGCACUGUGUAAUUUCCCCCCCUGAUGCGUUUCCCACGUGCUGUACAAGAAAUACUAUGUGUGAAAAAUAAACCAAACUUGUGUUCAUCCCUU